GAACAUUAUUAUAACUCUAAAAAAAGGGGGAGUGACACUCUGAGGCUGUAAUUUGUCUGCAGGCCUGCAGGCGGCUCUGCUCCGUAGACUUUGACCCGGUCCGCGCAUUGAUACCGAUCCAGUUCCGCCGUCGCCACAAAUAAACAAUGACGGAACCAGGCCCGAGGUUUAAAACCGUCAAGUUUGUGAAGAUCAUCUCGUGCAGCUUCCUCAUCGUCGUGUCACUGUUACUGACGGUGGCGUCAAUCAGGACGCUGACCCUGGACGGACACGACGGACUCCAGCUCGCGCGCUGGGAGAAGACGGACAACAUCUCGCUGGAGUUGGACCUCGACCACAGACAGGAGCUGCUGACGCGGCUGAGAGAGGCGAUCCGGAUCCGCACCGUGUCCACAUCCGCUGAGGACAUCAACACCACCGCGCUGCUUCACUUUGACAGGUUCCUCCGCCAAGCCUUCCCAAGGGUUUUCUCUUCGAGCUUGGUUCAUCAUGAGUUGGUGGCGAACUACAGCCACCUGUUCAGGGUGGAAGGAUCCCAACCUGACCUGGUGCCCUACCUGCUGCUGGCCCACAUCGAUGUGGUACCUGCCUCCGAGUCAGACGACUGGGUGGCCCCACCGUUUUCCGCCGAGGUGAUAGACGGCUUCAUCUAUGGCAGAGGAGCCAUGGACGACAAGAGCUCUUUAAUGGGAAUACUUGAGGCGCUGGAAUACUUGCUUAGGAAAGGCUAUGCUCCACGCAGAGGCUUUUACAUCGGUCUUGGCCAUGAUGAAGAAGUUUUUGGUUUGAAUGGGGCAGUGAACAUCGUGCGUGUGCUGAAACAGCGUGGUGUGCAGCUGUCCUUCGUCCUGGACGAGGGCCUGGCUUUAAUUGAUGGAGUCUUCCCUGGUCUCGAAGGACCUGCCGCUCUAAUUGGGUUAAGUGAAAAGGGAAUGGCCUCUGUAAAGCUGAGUGUGUCUAUGGUCCCUGGUCACGCCUCGAUGCCUCCCAGGCAGACCACCAUCGGGAUCCUGGCUGCAGCAGUCAAAAGCCUGGAGGAGAACCCAAUGCCGACGGUGUUUGGUUAUGGGCCUGAACGUGGAACCUUUGAACAGCUGGCCCAUAAGUUCAGGUUUCCACUGAAGUUCAUAUUGUCAAAUUUGUGGCUGUUCUCUCCGAUCGUUGCCAGGUUCAUGGAAAGAAAACCAGAAACCAACAGUUUUAUAAGGACGACCACAGCAGUCACCAUGUUUAAUGCGGGAGUUAAGUUGAAUGUCAUCCCCUCCCUUGCUGAAGCUUACAUCAAUAUGCGAAUCCACCCAGCACAGUCAUUAAAAGAGGCAAUGGACCAUAUCCAUUCCACAGUGGGUGACCCGCGUGUGAAGAUAGAGCUCAUUAAUGGGUUUGACCCUGAGCCCGUCAGCUCUUCGGAUGAAAAGUCCUUUGGCUUUCAGAUCAUUAAGAAAACUGUGUUGGACGUCUUUCCAACAGUUACAGUUGCUCCAGGUAUGUGUACUGCGAACACAGACAGUCGACACUUCAAGGACCUGACCAAGGAUAUUUAUCGCUUUAUACCUCUCUGGUUAAAACCAGGUGACACCCAGAGACUCCAUGGCAUCAACGAAAGGAUUUCCAUAAAGAACUACGAGGAGUACGUCACGUUUUACUUUAGUCUGAUUCAAAACUGUGACAUUCAGAAUCUCCCUGAGCCUCACAGUUCUGUCCAUGAACUCUGAGGAACUGACGGCGUCAGCAACAAAUCAAACAGAUGCAAAAACACUCUGCUGACCGACUUUACUCCUUUUGUCACUGGAUCUCAAACACAACACGAUUCUGCAUUUUAGAGCCGAGAUGUACGAUUUUACAAUAAUUUAGAUUUCCCUGUAAACAACUGACUAUUUUAAUAAAAUAACAAUUGGACAAAUA